UUCGCAGCUGUCAUUCACGCUUCUUCUUAUUGCUGCAUGCACGACGCGAAAACGUUUUAGCCGGCAAAUAAAUACGCGAUUUUGUUUUUCAUUCUAUAAAUAAAAAAAAACACACAUACAAUAUGUCUGCUGGCAUGCCCAUUAAUCCUAAACCAUUUCUAAAUGGCCUAACAGGAAAGCCCGUGCUCGUUAAACUGAAAUGGGGCCAGGAGUACAAGGGCUUUCUUGUCUCAGUUGAUGGCUACAUGAACAUGCAGCUGGCUAACACCGAGGAAGUUAUCGAAGGCUCUGUUACGGGUAAUCUAGGCGAAGUGCUGAUACGCUGCAACAAUGUACUUUACAUCAAAGGCAUGGAGGAUGACGAUGAGGAGGGCGAGAUGCGCGACUAAACUAGUUCUUAGUACAACUUAGCAUUAAGUG